AUGUCACAAUUAACAAGCAGAGCACUGAAUUAUGGUUCCAUCGGCACAAUUUUGGGACAUGAAUUGACACAUGGAUUCGAUGACAGCGGUCGCAUGUUCGACAAAAAUGGUAAUAUGGUGCAGUGGUGGUCAAAUGAAACUAUAAAUGAAUACGUCAAUCGUACUGAAUGUUUCGUAGACCAAUACAAUCACUACUACUUGAACGAUAUUGGGGAAUAUAUUGAUGGUGAACUUACUUUGGGUGAAAAUAUAGCAGAUAAUGGUGGUAUGCGGGAGGCAUAUCAUGCAUAUAAAAUCUACACCAAACAUACAGGUAGAGAGCAUUUACGACUUCCCGGUUUGGAGCGUUACACACAUGAGCAAUUAUUUUUCAUUGCAUUUGGUAAUUUAUGGUGUGAAACUUAUACGCCAGCGGCGUCCCGUUAUGCCUUGGAGGACUCGCACUGUCCGGGUAAAAUUCGUUUAAAAGGUGUGCUCUCCAACUCUGAUGAGUUCGCACGCACUUUUAAGUGUCGCAGAGGUACGGGCAUGAAUCCAAUGGAGCAUAAAUGUCGUAUAUGGUGAAAAUCUACAAUGUUGUUAUAAAAAGUGACAAAAAGUGAUAAAAGAAGCAGUAAUGAAGUGAUGCUAUAAAAUGAUUUUAAAUACAUUUUAACUUGUUGUGGGUAAUAUAGUAAA